CGGCGGUGGAGCGGGCAGGGGCCGGGCCGGGGACCCGCCAUGUGAGAGACCCUGACAGCGCCAGGCAAGCAAUUGUGAGGAAGACAGUUUGAGAAUAAGGGACGAAGGUGGCCCUUGGACUUCAGUUUCACAACUGCUUCCUUUGGAUAUUUGCUCAAAUAAGAGUCUCCUGUUUUGUUUUGGUUUUUUCUAUGAAAUGCUAAAUAUGCAGUUCCAGUAAUUUCCCUAUUGCACCAUACUAAGCAUUGAGAAUAGGUUUGUAAGUGUUAUCAAUGUUAGCCUGUGUGUAUGUUUAUAUAUACGUACGUAUAAAUGAUUUUCUGUUUUAAUUUUUAUGUUAAAAUCAUCCACUCCUUCAAGUGUUUUUCUGUUCAUCAUGUUGUGAAUAUUGGUGAGGUAAAAAGAAGUUCUUUUCAUUUUUUGUUAGACUGAAGUCUGAAUGAGUAAAAAAGUUUCCGUAGAAAGUUUAGGGGUUUAAUGUCUUGCUUGCCCAUGGAGAUGAUGGGAUUGUGUCCUGUGAGACUUUCAGGAGUGCUUGUCUGACAGACACAAGUUUUACUCCAGAUUUCACUGUGGAUCGUUAGCGCUCUGAGUAAGGUGUUGCCUCCCUGCCUGCAGAGGAAUAAUGACAUCGACUUCCACCAUAGUGUUCUUAUAUCUACUGCUAAAUAUGUCCAAGAAAUAAGUUUCCUAAUAACUACAUUUGAGCCUGUACUAACUGGCUUCAGUUUCUGAAACGGGGGUUUUCCUUAAUUUUUAUGAAGUAAUGUGAUGGCAGCUUUAAAUAGUUUUGUAGUCGCCACUACUACAACAGACUCUGUAUUUUAGUCUAAAACAAAAGUGAAGCAAACUCGCUUUCAAAGCUGUUUUCCAAUGAGUAGUAAGAUACGUGCACCUUUUAUUGUGCAAAUUACUGCAGAUAAUUCACUAUUUCAAGUUUUGGCUAAACUGUCUAUAUUUCCUUCCAUUCCAAUGGACGCUUUUUUUAGCUAAGUUCAAAUUUUCCCAAAAUUUAACACACCUUGUGAAUUAAGUCUAUAGGGUGAUUUGUAAAUAGUUUGCAUUUGGAGGAAAGAGGAUUUGAAAUCCUCUCUUGUAAAGAAAGAAAUGGCUCUCACAGCCAUUUAUUUUGAGAAACAUGGUCGUUUCCAUAAAUUUUACAUUACUGUGUUACUAGACUACUAGUAAGGUAGCUUAGUACUCACUUAGAGUGUCUUCGGAUGGCUUUUGAAUUGGGAAUCAGCUGUACUGUAGACUGUUGAAAACAGUACUGAGCUUAACCACAGUAUGGGCAGGAAGUUUGUAUGCAAACAUAGGCUUGUGCUAGCUGUUUUUAGUCAUACUGGCAGUUUUAUUUACCUUUUAGAGACAAAUCUAGUGUUGAACUGAGCUGAAAAGGGUUUUGAGAUCACUGUAGAUAUAAAAGAUGCUACAAAUAAAAGUGCAUUUUAUCCUAUUGGAGAAGCUGCAAACAAAAAGAAAGUUCAUGCUGCAGUGGAAAUAUUCACAGACUUUCCUGUUGUGCUGUAGCAUCUCUUAGGAUCUGCGUAUCAACUCUGUGUUAAACUUCCAUCUGAGUCCAUAACACUUCCCUAUUUAUUCUGAGAUACCAAUAUUUCAGGUUUAUAUGUAGCAAUCCCGCUAGUUGUACUCUCCAGUGUGUCUAAGUUUAAAUGCAUUUGAGUGACUCUUUUCAUUAUUUAUUGUGUGUGUGUCUCUGGAAAAACAUGUAAUGCAAUUUUAAAUUAUAUAAUUGCAAUUUUAAAUCUAUAAAAAACCCAGUAGUAUCUUAUUAUCUCACUUGGGAUAAAUAUAAAAUAAUUUAUUCUCCUUCAUCGUCUUUAAAGACUGGAGAGUUCUUAAGAAAAUGUCCACUUGAAUUUAGGAGGAAUUUAUGCAAAAAACAAUGUUGCUUAUUUACAUAAUACUGCUAAUAUUAUACGUGUGUUGUAGUUCUGCACAGAAUUAUCUCAAUAGUUGGGAUAGUAGCUUUUUUCUUAUUCCAUUUUUUUGUGUGUGUGUUUGGUUGGUUUGGUUUGUUUUUUCGUUUUUUUUUUAAUUACUGUGAUACUAAAAUCUGUUUUCUGCCUGUAGGGAAACUUACCAUACUUCAGGGGCCAGAUUUUCAGUGAAGCAUCAGUGCUGUGUGUCACACUACAUAAGCCCAUCCAAGGGCUCUAUAUCCUAACUUUUAAAAGAUAAUAUAAAACUUUACUGUUAUGAGAGGUGUACCUUGGUAAAAGAUUACACAAUCAGUUUAUUCUCUGUUUUCAAAGAUUAUUUAAAGACUGCUGCAAGACUGUGACAUACCUGAUUGCAGCUUUUCUUUGCUACAGCUGGCAGUAAUGAUUCUGGCUGUUGUAAUCUGAAGAAAAAGGCAAAUGCAAACUGAAAGGAGUGAUGAAGAUUUUUUGCCCUUAAACUUCCAUGAUAACAGCUGACAGGGUUACGGCCAUAGAUUGAAAUUCUCUGGAAUGCAAUGUUGUCUUAAAUUCUCACAGAUGGUGAGUGUAGUAAAUGCUGAAUUCUACACAAUUCAAGGGAGGAGUGCACUGAUUUAUGCAAAUAAAUACCUGUUUUUUUUCUUGUGUUUUUGUUUUUGUUUUUUUUUCUCUGUAUUCUGAGCAGUAAGUAUGGAAUAUGUAUUCUUGGUGUCAUGGAGCACUUUUUUCCUUUAGUCUUAAUUUUCAGAAUGAUUCUCUUAACUUUUCUAUGUAUUUCUGUUUUCAAACACGUUAUAACUGUAAUAAUUUGUAAUGUGUGUUUUUUUCCCAAGGAACCCAUGUAGCUGAGCUAACUAAAGAAAAUGCAAGGGAUCUUUUCUCACACCUUUGUGUGACUUAAAAUGAGCAUAAUUGGUAUCCUUCACCUGUCUGUGGGAAUGCCGAAUCAUGCAUCAGUGAGUGAAGGAAAUUAAACAGGUGCAGACUUAGAAGCAGAAACUAAUCUGGCGCUGGCAGACACACAGCUUCAUCUUGUAGUUAUAUGAUGCUUCCCUGCUGCUACUGUAUGAUGUCAGUAAAAUUACAUACCAAAUGUAUUUUGUCACCUUCUAUUCUUGUCUUUUUAGGUGCAAAAAGAGCAUUCUUAGAAUCUAAUUUUAAACAUAAGUUUCUUUUGAAACCUAAUGAGAAAUGUUAAAUGCAUAUCACUGUCAUGUUCACAGGUUACUUAAAUGAACAGUUUUCUUUGAAGACACAGGGUCAUCCUCUACUAGUCAAUUUGUGUUACAGUUUAAGUUUGUCGUGUGAGGCCACGAUGAAUAAACGUAAUGCAGACACAAAGAGGAUUGAUAUGAUUCUUCUGAAUGUGGCUGGAUCUUUUCCUACAGAAAUAGACAGGAGGUGAAUUUAGUGUCCACUUCUGGCCAAUGCUUUAGAACUUUUAAGUGUGUCGCAAGCCAGUGCUGGGGGAAGAAAAGAACAGUUUCCCACAAAGUGUUCAGCCAAUUUCUUGGAUACAUAAUAUCUGGGAAAACCCUAACCACUUUAAUCUACUUAUGUGGAGGAUUGAGAGAGGACCUGUUUAUAGGCAGGUGCCCAAAAGUGGGCUUAAAUUUUACAAAACUUUAACCUAACAUUGCACUAUCCCAAAGCCAGGGGCAGAAGCUAAAGCAAGACAAAAUGCUUUGCUUUUUAACAACGAGAGCACCUAAUGUUGCUAUGAGUUGUCUUAGUUUUCCUUAUUCCCCCAAAUGCUUGAGUUUGUAUAGAACAAACCAAAUUGUUUUAAUUCUGAACUGCUGUACUGUGGGCUUGGACCUAAAGAGCACAGGUUACCUCUGUAUGUGCUGAAAUAUGGAAAGUACUAGAUGUGACUUCUGACUAAACAUACAUUAAUUUAUUUUUUUUUCUUCUGGUAAUUCUAUUAAAAAUUGUUAUGUGAUUUCAAGUAGUUAUAUUCUCAUCAAGGAAAGCUUCCUUUUGAUUCUCUGGUUAACUGCAGAGAUAAUUUUUUUUUUCUUUAAAGCAUGUAGUGGAUGCGUCCACAGUUAAUCUAUGUUUUAAAGUACCUUUCUGCUUCAGUUUAAUGCUACUUGCCUCACCCCAAAAGAGGAGAGGUUAGGGAGACUUUUCAAUUUGGACAAAGGGCUUCUUAUUAGUCUUUUUGAACUGUAGUGAUCUUCCAGGACUGUUUCAGAAAUGCUUCAACCAUAAAUCAUGUUGUCUUGAAAGAUCUAGUGGCCUGCCAGCAUUGAUGAGUAAUUGAGUAUUGUUAUGGUACAGUACCCUGCUGAACAAUAUUUUGGUUGAUUCUACUGGAAUUUCAUUAUGGAACUGCUAACUUUAUUCUGUAUACAAACAAAAUAAAACUUUAUUGUAUAUGGGAAUAUAAUCUAAAGAUUAUAUUUUAUUUUCUAGAUAGUGACAUUGGAGAUUUCUGUUAAUAAGAUCAUUCUUCUAACCAUUAUUCAUCAAUAAAACAUUGCUAGUGCUGCCUGCUUGCUUCUCCAAUGUGUGUAAUGCCCAGAUUUUUCCCUCGGUCUUGCCUUCCCAAAUUGAUGCAAUAAAGGUGGGCUGCCCUGGUACUUCCCACCAAAAUUACUGCAGUCUCAGUGCUGUUCCUGCUACACUCCUGUCUCCUCCUGGACAUGAUGUUUACUGGCAACCUCAUCAGUUCCAAGACUUCAACUUGAGGUUUCAGAGUUUGGCUGAAAGCAAAGGAAGGGUUCCUUGCUGCCAAGUGCUGCUGUUCAAAAUUCUUGUUAUUUAGCCCAGCUUUUUGCAGAUGUUUUCAAGAUCAUGGGAAGCGUGUGUCUUCAAAGGAAGACUGAGAAAGUUGGAAGAGUAGUCACAAGUGUGCACUGUAGCUUGUUCACUUUCUUUUUUGAGAGCAGAUAGGUACAGAAACUCAUUGUCCACUCUCUUUUGGGCUGUUUGGUGUACUUGAUCUGUUUGCUUUCAAAGCAGUACUGUAUAUUCCCUUGUUCCCUAUUUCUGGUUUUUACUGCUUAUCUCCUACACUGACAGCCAGUCUUACAGACUUUUAACUCUGCCAUACUUUCCAGUCACUACCAGGAUUUGUGCUCUUUAAUUCUAACAUUUUAAGGAAAAUAGACUUUCCCCUCAAAACUGAUAAAACAACUCUGAGAACAGGGAUAUAGAAUUCCUUAUAGAUACAUCUGCCUAUGGAGAUAAUUAGAUGUUCUAGCAGAGGUGUAAUGUGCAAGGAUUGAUGAGGUUUUCUUUCCUUGUGGUGUCCCUUCCUUCUUGCUUCUUGUGCUUCCUCUGGUAUGUGUUCACAGCCCAUUUUCAAGGUGUGGCUGUGUCCUAGGGAUUGUGAAUUCAUCUAAAAAUGCUGAGAUGCCAUGAUCAGAACAACAUAAUUAUUUUCUAUAUGGUAUAUAUAAAAUGUCAAUUUUUCUUUCUACUCAGGUACCUUCUCCUUAAUUCAUUCCUUCUGUCUGGACUAGUGCUGGUGUUGACAGCUUGUAUUGUAAUAUUUUGUCUAGGCCUAAGUUGUUCUCAGUUUUGCUGAGCAAGAGCCCUUAGGGGGAAGUACAGGGCAAGGAGGAAGAGCAUUUCCUGUGCAUGACAAACUUUCUGUAUGUUCUAGGCACAAAGAGAAAGGCGUAUUUUCUGAUGGGAUUUGAGUGAGGCUUGAGCAAGAUUGGUUCAUUAGCUCAAGGAUCUGAAAUUAUGCAGAAACAACAAAUUAUCACUGCUGGGGACUAGUUUUGUAGUUUGUGCACAGUCCUCAACCAAGGUAACUUGUCAAUUCAUGUCACUUUAGGACAACAAAAGCUCUUCCUUCACUUAACAAAGCCUUCACUUAACAAAGAGAAGCUUAAUCAGGAAUGUCCUGAUGUUGUAUCUGUGCAUAGCUGAUAAGCCCUACAGAUAAAAGGUCUGGGUUUUGUUGGGUUCACAAGGAAGCCUGCUGCUGGCCUGAUGGGGGAAGUUGGCAAAUACGUCCUAACUGCUGCGACUUCUGUCUUCCCCAUGGGGUGGAUGCAUCUGGUAGGGUUCUUUGCACAACGUGCAGGGAUGCACAGAAUAAUAAGGUUGAUCUUACCAUUUAAUUACUCCACUGUCAGGUUGGGUUUUGUUGUAAUGUUUGAUUUCUGACCUAUGUCUGACUUGCAUCAGCUCACUAGUUCUGAGUGAUACUGUAGCUUUGUUCACAGAAUAAAAGACCUGUCCUGCCAAAGCUAUUUUUGUAUAGAUGGCUGCCAUCAUACCACAUCUGUAACCAUCUUUUCAUCCUCAUUUCCUUCAUCAGAUAUGAGCAAAUAAACUGUCUUUUCCUCCAGUUUUUACAUAACUCAAAUGAAGUCUGGUUUACCCGUUAUAAUCUGUGACACACUGGUAACUUACAGAACAUGUUAGCAACUCUGUUAACCUGGUUUUGAAUGCUCCGUGAGAGUUUUUGUCAGAAAACUAAAGCAGACAUAAUGUUAGGGAAGAUAGGAGGCUGGCAUUUAUGAAGAUUAUGUAUGUUAGCUUUAAGUGACAGCUGUUACAGUUCCAGUUCUUUUAGGAUGUUUAUCAUAUUCCUACCUGUUGAUUUUGUUUUUAGAGUGCAUGAAUUUUCAUAAUUUGAUUUAAAUUGUUCAUAUGUCCCAUUACAGCAUGUAACAUAAGACAUAAAUAGAAAAAAAAAAAUCCAGUAGUAUGUUGUGAUACAGUGGACGUGCUUCCUGCAUCAGAAGUCAAUGGAUGAUGUUGAGGUCUGUUUGUUCAAUUGGAAAAGCAGAUUACUCUUUACAUCAGUAGAAAUGGACAGCAGCAGUUUCAUUCAGUUUGAUGUGCCUGAGUACAGCAACACUGUUCUGAGCCAGUUAAACGAGCUCCGCUUGCAAGGGAAGCUAUGUGACAUAAUUGUGCACAUUCAGGGUCAGCCCUUUCGAGCCCACAAAGCUGUCUUAGCUGCCAGCUCUCCGUAUUUCCGUGACCAUUCAGCAUUAAGCACCAUGAGUGGCUUAUCAAUAUCAGUUAUUAAAAAUCCCAAUGUUUUUGAACAGUUGCUUUCUUUUUGUUACACUGGAAGGAUGUCCUUGCAGCUGAAGGAUGUUGUCAGUUUUCUCACUGCAGCCAGCUUUCUACAGAUGCAGUGUGUCAUUGAUAAAUGCACACAGAUACUGGAGAGUAUUCACUCAAAGAUCAGUGUGGGUGAUGUUGACUCUGUCACUGUUGGUGCUGAAGAAAAUUCAGAAAAUCGCAAUGGAGUCAAAGACAACAGCUACUUUGCCAACCCCAUUGAGAUAUCUCCCCCCUAUUGCUCUCAGGUGCGACAGGCUGCGGCCGGCAGCGACCUUCGGAUGGAAACUGCUUCUGGGAAAACUCUGCGUAGUCGUCUGCAAGAAGAAGGGCAUUCAGAUCGAGGAAGCAGUGGGAGUGUCUCUGAGUAUGAGAUUCAGAUUGAAGGUGAUCAUGAGCAAGGAGACCUGAUAGUAAGGGAAAGUCAGAUUGCAGAGGUGAAAGUUAAAAUGGAAAAGUCUGACAGGCCAAGCUGCUCUGAUAGCUCUUCCCUGGGUGAUGACGGAUAUCAUACUGAAAUGGUGGAUGGAGAGCAGGUGGUGGCAGUAAAUGUUGGUUCCUAUGGGUCUGUCUUACAACAUGUUUAUUCAUUUACCCAUGCCUCGUCACAGGCUACAGGUGUGUCCGAAGCCUUCGGAAGCCUGAGCAAUACAAGCCCUUCAAGGUCAAUGCUGAGCUGUUUCCGAGGAGGCCGUGCACGCCAAAAACGGGUAUCCACUGGUCACUUGCAUAGUGAUCUUCAGGGCUUGGUGCAAGGGGCUGACAGUGAAUCUAUGGUGAGUAACCCCAGAUAUGAAAGUAGUCCACGGGAAAGAAAUGCAAGAGGUCACUGGUAUCCAUACAGUGAGAGGCUAAUAUGUAUUUACUGUGGGAAGUCUUUCAACCAGAAAGGGAGCCUUGACCGACACAUGCGAUUGCACAUGGGAAUAACUCCUUUUGUGUGCAAAUUUUGUGGGAAGAAGUAUACCCGCAAGGACCAGCUAGAGUAUCAUAUUCGUGGUCACACAGAUGACAAACCCUUUCGCUGUGAGAUCUGUGGCAAAUGUUUUCCUUUCCAGGGUACACUAAAUCAGCAUUUGCGAAAAAAUCACCCUGGGGUAACAGAAGUAAGAAACAGGGUUGAGUCCCCAGACAGAACAGAAGCAUUUGUGGAUCAGAAGGUAGAUAAUGAUGCUUCAGCUUCUGAAGCUAUGGAUUCUAGUAUGGAAAUUCAUGCAAUGGCUAACACAUCUGAUUAAAAUAUUACCUUCUAAGUGCAACACAAACAAGCACAUUACUAAUGUAUUUUUAAAAUCUUACUAUUUUAGUAAUCUUCAGUGUGAGUAUAACAGCCUUUUAAUUUUCCUGACCUUUCAGCAAUCAGUUUUAAACUGUUUCUGGGGAGGGCUCCAUAAUUAUUAUUUGUUUUUGAAGGAGGCUGGGUUGUUUGGGUAUUUUUUACUUCUGAAGGUGCUCAAAAUGUAAAAAGCUAUGCUGGGGAAAGGAUAGGAAGAGUCUGCUCAGUGUCCCUACUGGUUGAUCUGGCAAGACACAAAUUCCAGUGGAGAAAGACACUAGAAUAAGAUUGGCAGCUCUGCUGGGUACACCAAGAAGCUGUAAUCUCCCUUAUUUUAUUUCCUAAAUCCUGUUGCUGGUCAUGAGUUACAUAGCAGUGGAGAGAGAGAAUAUCACAGCUGUGAUUCCUUCCACGUGUCACGAUGGAAUCUCUUUGCUUUUAGAAACUGUUUUUGGUAGUUAGUCUGUUUAUAUAUAUAAAUUAGCUUUAUAUAUAUAAAAUACUUUCAGUUUUCCUAUUCUGGUUGAGGUGAAUGUAAAAGUAUGUCAAGGUUUAUACCAUGUACCACUCUUUCAACUGCUAGGUCUCCUCCCUGCUUAGGAUUUAGGAUUUCAGACUUUGGAGGGAUGGUUUUGGUUUUCAAAGAAUGUUGUUUGGUUUUCAUUUUAUUAAACUAUUACUUUGUGUGCAAAAGUGAGCAAAGUGAAUGACCGUGUUUUAAUAGCUUUGCUUUAUAACAUGUAAACCAAAUGCCAUAAAUCUAUUAAAUUAUGGUUAAAUUGUUGAGGGGUUUUGUUAGUUGUCUAGAAUGCAAGCUGGACAACCUGUGGUGCUGACAUUUUAUAUAUAUAGAAAUAGAUAUAUCUAUAUAUUAAAAAAACAAACAUACAAAAAAAAAACCACAACACACACAAAAAAAAAACAUAAAAAAAAUUAGCAAACCUAAAAGUAGCAUUGUGGUUUUAAAUGUGUUUUUACUGGCCUCAGAAUCUACCUUCAUUUCGUACUGUAGAACCACACCAGGUAAUUAAAUUUAGCUUCAUCACUCUUCAUGGUUGAUUAAAACCUGAGAGAGAUGUUGUAGUUUAAACUACAGUAUUUCCAAGCAGUGUUUUAAUAGGUCUCUUCACAGAAAACUAUUUUCAGGUGCACGUUGACUUCCUACUUAAAGCUCCAAGUCAUAUGUCAGCACUUGGAAUUUGUACCUUUUUUUGUAUAAAAAAAACAAAUACUCUAUGGGAAUUUUGAGCAAUAUGUUUGUUAUUUCAUGUGUGAGUAUUACAGAAUUGCUAUGGCUUCCCUACUAUUUUCAGUGGUUGUUUUCUGCAUAAAGGAACUACCAACAAUUUUUAAAAUACUCUAAAUCUUUUUGUUUCACCAAAUGUUUUUUUUUAAUAUGGUGCUAACUUAAUAAUUUAGGUCAGUAUAAUAUAUAAAAUGUGAAACCUCAUGGUAACAGUUAAGCAAAAAAAAAAAAAAAACCACAAAAAAAAAACACCACAAAAAAACCCAACAAAACCACACAAAAUAAAACAACAACAAUGCAACAAGAAGCAAACAGAAAAAACCCACAUCAAGUAAACAAACUGCAACAACAAAAGAAAACAAUAGCUUGAGAGACCUCAGAAGCAUGAACUGGCAAACACUACUGUGUGAAAUUCUACCUGAUGAACAGAAUUAAAUUAAUCAUAUGCUUCUUUAACGUACAGAUUUUAUAUAUUAAUUGGGCCUUAUGUUUGUUUAGCAAAUGUUGAAAAUGCAUCUGUGAACAUGCUGUUAAAGUCCUGAAAUUUAGACAAUAAGAGCUCAUUCCUAAAUUACAGGAAAGCAAAAAGGUAGGUUUGCUAUCUUGUAAAGCUUUUGGCUCCUGUGAAGUUGGGGCAUAUUUGUGCAGUAGCUUUAUUAAAUACACUAUUUCUUAAUAUUGAAACAAUCUGCAAUAAGGAUUAAUUUCACUAAAUACAGAUUUACAGUAUAAACCCCACCUGCUCUAUUGGAGCAGUGUCAUUUUAAUUGAGUACAUAAUUUGUCUCUUUGUUCUAAAAUUGCCUAAAUAAAGAGGCAGAGAGUGGGGAGAUGUUUCUGUCCUUGAAGCAACAAUAGAGCUUUUGUUUCCAGUAAGGGAAAGUAUAUGUCUGUGUCUAGGGAAGGUAGGCUAUAUAUUUACCCACUUAAAAACAUGUUGGUGUUUCUGAUGCUGUUUUUUUCCUAAAUGUUUGUUUUAAUUAAUUAAAUGCAAAAAAAAAAAAAGGUGUUUUGAUAAAUUAAGUUUGAGACAUGCAAAAUCCAAGAAAUGUACAGUUAUUUUUAACCCUUUAUCUUGGACCUGUGCUGUGGUGCCUUUGGUGUGACUUUUACAUGGAAGUAUGAGUUGAGGAUAGCAGGAUAUGGGUACUAAUUUUAUAUUUCUUGAAUUUCUCUGUGUCACAACCUUAACAUUAUUUAAAUUUAGUUCUUUGUAUUUGUAAAUGUAUUUGAAUGGUUUGAGUUUACCAAAGAGUGACUUAUCCAAAAUUGUCUCUGACAAAAACAAACAAAAAACCAACAUCACUUUGAUUGUACAGGUUCAGGUUCAAAACAUUGUAAUGGGACUGUUAAGGGGCAGGAAAUGAUAUUUUUUUCUACAAAAUCGUGAUUCAGCAGCGUGCAAGUUCUGCUUGCUCCUGUUCCUGCUGAUUUGCCAUUUGCCCUUCCCCUGCCAGCAGUGUCAGUAAUGAUCAAGCCAUAGCACAGGACUGUGAAGUUCAGCAGUGCUGCAAGGGACGAGCAGCAACCAUUGUCCAGCAUCACACCUACGCUCUCAAGUGUGUGAUUCUGGUAGAAAACGAGCUUCAAACCUGGCAACAGCAAUUCAGUUGUGCCUUGUCACAUAGUGGUAUGCCAGGAUUAACAUUGUCAUGAAACAUGAAGCAUUAUCUGGUUGAAGUUCAUUUCACAAGUCCACCAGAACAGAGUAUGCUGUGUUAUUUUAAGCAAAUUAUGGAAGUACUGUACAGUGUCUUGUGUCUGUACAGUUUUAAGUUAGCACAGAGCUGUUACACAUUUCAUUUACAAUAAAUGCAGAAGUCAAUAAAAUACGUGAAGAAAUAUUUGACAGCAAAAGAAGUAAUGACAUUAUAUAGGCUGGUUCAUAAUUGAGUCUCUUCUUAAUCUACCUUUUUAAUUAUAGACAAAUGUGAAAACAGUGACAGUGUCCUUUCCUCUAGAUGCUUAACAUAUUAUGACAAACUGUGAAAAUAAAGGAUUUUUUACAUUUGCUAAUGUUUGUGGUUUUAAACACUUUAGUUUUCUUAAUCAGUUAUCUUCCAUAUUAUUUCUUUUAAACUUGUAAAUACAUUUAGAAAAUAGUUUUGUAAAUACUUGCAGUAUAUUAAAAGCUGAGCUUGGUCAAUAAGGCCUCAGGAUUGGCUCUGCUUUUUUAGUGUGAAAUCUUUCAAUAGCAUAAAGGAUACUGUCAGUUCACUGUUCAGCAGAAUAUACUGUAGGCCUAAAUUGAUAGUUCUUAAUGCAGUCUUCCCAAGCAUAAAUUCAUGUUCUAUGCUGCAGCCUUUGGUUUACUUUUAGAUAAAACAGUGAGGCCUCUUAAUAUAUGUAGGUUGAAUUAUGGGAAGAACAGCAGGAAUAAAAUCAAGGGCUGGGAAAAGAUUGAAUGAGCUUUACCUUUAAAUAUAUAUAUAUAUAUAAUUUGAAUUUUUGUAUUAGUUUACUGUGAUUCUUUUAUUGUCAUUUUUCUAAACAGGUUUCACAUGGAACCAUUGAAAGGGACUCAAAUAUGCAACACCUAAUCUAUUUUCCAAGGGCAUUUUACCCUUGAAUGGUGCUUUUUGACUGGUCAGGGUUAUUUAUUAAAUUUUAUAUUUGAAAGUAUUUGGGGAAUUAUGUAAAUUCUUUAUAUGAAUCUGUUUAUUUCAUGAAUUGUAAAUUUCUUAAUACUCAGUGAUUGAAUUGGAAGUUUAGUAAAGUCAUUCAAAAUGUUCAAAGUUUAUAAUCUGUGUGUAUUUUACAUAUAUUUUAACAAGUGCCAGAAUAGUUGUAUUUAAUAUUGUAGAUUUAAUACUACUUGCACAUCCCUGUGACAGCAUUAACUUAAGUUACACAAGUUUACAUUUAAAAUAAAAAAAGCUAAACAAACAAGUAAGCCUGGGACACGUGUUCCUGUAUUUCUUCAGAGGAGUGAAGCAAAGUGUCAGUAACUGAGCAGGUUUUGCUUCCAGUUGAUGAAGUGGCUCCUGCUGUGUUGCAUCCACAACCUGCUGUCCCUCCGUUCACAGAUGCUAUGAAUUCAGCCUUGGACUUGUGUGCAAGCCCCUGGCUGGCUGAUUCGAGGUAGAGCUCUUGCACGAUUUUAACAGUGUUUGUUUCUGACUGAAAAAUUGUAUUUUUAAAUAACUUUUAUUUGUAUGGUUGUUUUUCCUGAUAAAUAAUUGAACAGUUUGAAUGACUUGACUUGGUGUCAUUAUCUUGCAAUAUAAACCGUAAACCUCACAACUCCACACUUCAUCACCAUGUGAAGUAAAUGAAGCUAGCUAAGCUGAUGCUGUAACAAUUAAUAACUUGCCAUUAAGGAUUAUUUUAUAGCAUGAAUUUUAAAAUAUUUAUUCAAAUGAUAUUUUACUCUUGUAUUCACUUUGUUUUUAGAUUUGUGACAUGAAUAUUUCAGUGCUGCUUUAUUUUGUUCUGAUGAAUUUGUUUCUUGCUUGUAAAUUGCUUUUUUUAUGGUAUAAAGUCAAUGGGAAUUGCUGUUUGUAAAUUAAAAUGCUUCUAGAGCAAA